AUGAUCUAUUGCGCUGAGCUCGCCAGACACACCCAGACGCUCGCGGAGGCCUGCUUCCUGAUUGUCCAUUGGGGUGGUCUCCACUCUUGGCUGACGCUCACGGGCCGCCGCUCGCGCCACCCAUACGACGAGGUUAAAAAUAUAGCCCAUUAUCUGGAGUUCAGUCCGCCACCGACAACACGAUACCGCGCGCAGGACCAGGAGGAGGAAGUCAAGGCGCUGCUGUGCUGGCUGGAGGAGCUGAUGGUGGUGGGUAAUGAUGCGUUUCUGGGGCUUUUUAAGGAGGUGGAUACCCUGAAGAUGCUGGAGAGCGGAGGGGACCUACUGCCGAUGUUGGAAUACUGGGAACAGCGGCAGGAGCGGAUACAGGCGAUGAAGCCAUGGGCGGAGGAGGUGGAGAGGGCGAUGUGGAAGACAAGAAGGCUCUUAGGAUCGAGGGUUUCCGGCGAUGAGAGGCCGUGGAGCCUCUUCGACGAAGAAAGCAUUGCCUGA